UGCUGUGCGGCCCCGUUGCCAGGAGACAUUCCUCAGCUGCUCAAACAAACGGCGUCGUUUGGUGAUAGAAAGUCCGUUUACCACAGUUUAUCUAAUUAUUUCCAGACUUUAAGCAGGAACCAGAACCGAACCGGACCCGGUACAUUAGUGGACCGGUCAGCGCUGGAGCUGCUGUAACCCGGCACCGUGCAGCCGGUACCAUCCGAACCUCCGCAGCUAGCUGCCAUGGAGCCGGCCGAGCGGGGAAAGGAGGCCCAGCUGCUUCGGAACCAGCCCUACGACGAGAGCCUGGAGGUGGAGGACGGAGAGGAGGUUCCGAGCGUCUACAGCCCGCCGCCCCGGGGGCCCAGACAGCCCGAGUGGACCGGUACCAGGAGGGCCCGCAGCAUCCUGUCGGCCACCGGCACCAGAACCCAGAUGGACCAGGUGCUCGGGGCCCCAGAACCGGCGGGUCCAAAGCCCGGGCCCGGUCAGAACCAGGAGGAAGAGGAGGAGGAGUCCGAGGAGGACGACACCGACGAAGACGAUGAAGAUGACGAUGAUGAUGACGACCCAACAGAACCUCUGGAGGGAGCGUACGACCCGGCAGACUACGCCAGCCUGCCCGUCAGCACCGAGAUCAGGGAGCUGUUCCAGUACAUCACCCGCUAUUCUCCUCAGAACCUAGAACUGGACCACUGCCUGAAGCCCUUCAUCCCAGACUUCAUCCCAGCGGUCGGAGACAUCGACGCCUUCCUCAAGGUUCCGCGGCCGGACGGGAAAGCGGACCACCUGGGCCUGCUGGUUCUGGACGAGCCCAGCGUGAAGCAGUCGGACCCCACGGUUCUGUCGCUGUGGCUGUCUGAGGAGACCAAGCAGCACGGAACCGCCCAGCUGAAGACGGUGACCAGCGUGGCGGGCCCUCAGAACCAGCGGCGGGCCGUGGACAGCUGGGUGGACAGCAUCGGCGCCCUGCACCGGUCCAAAGCGCCCGCCACGGUGCGGUACCACAGAACCAUGCCCGACAUCGACAGCCUGAUGCAGGAGUGGCCCCCCGAGCUGGAGGAGCUGCUGGGCCGCCUGCCGCUGCCCCCCGCCCGCCUGGCCUGCGACCUGCGCGCCUACGCCGACCUGGUCUGCGCCCUGCUGGACGUCCCCGUCUACGGAACCCGGGUCCAGAGUCUGCACCUGCUCUUCAGCCUCUACCUGGAGUUCAGGGACUCCCAGCACUUCACCCGCCGCCUGUAGCCAAGGUCACUUAGCACACGUCUGAUCUCCCAGAACCAGAACCAGAACCUGGAGAUGAUGCUGGGUCCUGCUGGAAACCCUCUGAUGCAACGGGUCAUCAGAGAACUGGGCCGACCGGACCUAGCUUAGCUUAGCUUAGCUUAGCAUAGUUUAGCCUAAUGAAGAUUAGCUUAUUUUAGCGUAGCCUAAUGAAGAUUAGCUUAGCUUCGCCCAAUGAAGAUUAGCCUAAUUUAGCGUAGCCCAAUAAAGAUUAGCCUAGUUUAGCGUAGCCUAUUGAAGAUUAUCCUAGCUUAGCGUAGCCCAAUGAAGAUUAGCCUAGUUCAAUGUAGCCUAUUGAAGAUUAUCCUAGCUUAGCGUAGCCCAAUGAAGAUUAGCCUAGUUUAUCUUAGCGUAGUCCAAUGAAGAUUAGCCUAGUUUAGCGUAGCUUAGUAUAGCCUGCCGGAGCCUAAUGAAGAUUAGCCUAGCUUAGCUUAGCGUAGCCCAAUGAAAAUUAGCCUAGUUUAGCGUAGCUUAGUAUAGCCUGCCGGAGCCUAAUGAAGAUUAGCCUAGUUUAGCGUAGCCCAAUGAAGAUUAGGCUAGUUUAGCGUAGCUUAGUUUAGCCUGCCGGAGCCUAAUAAAGAUUAGCCUAGCUUAGUUUAGCGUAGCCUAAUGAAGAUUAGCCUCGCGUGGCAUAGCGUAGCUUAAUUAGCGUAGGGCAACCUAGCUUAGACUAGCUUAGCGUAGCCGUAGUUCAGCUUCCUGCUCAUGUCAACAUCUGCUCCAGCUGAAGACACAUCAGCCUGGACAGGUGUGAUGACAUCAUCACUGUCUACAGGUGUUCUUGAUAGGAACUGGGACCGGUUCUCCAUCAGCAGCGGGUUCUGUCACAUGGUUCCAUGCCUGCAGCCAUGGAAGCAGCUGCUCUAAUCGGGUUCUCCAGGACUUGAACCGGCCUUGGUUCUUGGGUUCUGGUUCUAAGGUUCUGCUGCCGUUGGGGAACAUCAGAUCUGACAGAGAGCAGCAGGGAGCUGAGUGACCCGGGACAGAUAAAAGUUUUAAUAAACUGAUUAAAAUGUGA